AAGAUAUUUUGAACCGACGUUUCCUAGGACCCAGCAGAGACGGCGGCAAAGGAGCGAUUCAAACACAUCGUAGGUCGCCAGGGAAUUUCAGACUGCUGCAGCCUCAGAUUUGGCGAUCGCCAUGAGUUUGGAAGCGCUUCGGUACCGCAGGGGAUUCCUGCAGAUUCUCAACCAGCUUCUGCUGCCUCAUCAGACUGUCUAUGAGGAAAUAAGCAGCGUUCGCCAGGGCUGGGAAGCCAUUCGGUCUAUGAAGGUGCGAGGUGCUCCAGCCAUUGCUAUUAUAGGUUGUCUGAGUUUGGCAGUGGAAUUGCAUAAUAAAAGAAAUGAAGAGCUGAGUUUGGGUAAUCUGGAAAUUUUUGUGUUGGACUCACUAAGCUACUUAAUAAGUGCCAGACCUACUGCUGUCAACAUGGCCCGGGCAGCUCAGGAGUUGAGACACCUUGUCCAGCAGGAGGCAAAACAUGAAGGGACUACUCCAGAGAGUUUACGAGAAAGCGUGAUCAACUGGGCAGAAGCAUUGCUGGGCAAAGACCUGGAAGACAACAAAAGCAUUGGGGAACAUGGAGCUUACCAUCUCUUGCAACGGGUGGGGCAGGACAAAGUGAGAGUCCUGACUCACUGCAAUACCGGCUCAUUGGCCACUGCUGGUUAUGGCACUGCACUUGGUAUCAUUCGCUCAUUACAUGCCAUGGGUCGUCUGGAGCAUGUUUAUUGCACUGAAACACGACCAUACAAUCAGGGGGCCCGGCUGACUGCUUAUGAAUUAGUAUAUGAGCAGGUGCCUUCAACACUCAUUGCUGAUAGCAUGGCUUCCUUGGCAAUGAAAGAAAAAAAGAUAUCAGCUGUCAUUGUGGGAGCAGACAGGGUUGUUGCUAAUGGAGACACUGCCAAUAAAGUUGGUACUUAUCAGCUGGCAAUUGCUGCAAGAUACCAUGGGAUUCCCUUCUAUGUGGCAGCCCCCAGCACUUCCUGUGACCUGCAAUUAAAACAUGGAGGGCAGAUCGUUAUUGAGGAGCGGCCAAGCCAGGAACUGACAGACAUCAAUGCUGUCCGAAUUGCUGCACCAGGCAUUGGUGUUUGGAAUCCAGCCUUUGAUGUCACACCUCAUGAACUGAUAACUGGUGGUAUUGUCACUGAGUUUGGGGUCUUUCUUCCUGCUGAACUUCAAGCAGCCCUGACACGUGAAGUGUAUAACAUAUAAAGAACCUGAGUUAAGUUGUUUCCAGAUAGGGUGUGAAUGUAAUCUUCAACAAUUGUUACUAGGGCUUCUUUCCCUAAUCUGCAAUCUUCCAGAUGUUUGGGAUACAGAAUUUUGUACAACUGAAAAUUGUAGUCCCAGUAUCUCUGAAUACCACUGAGGUUUGGAGAAAUUGUACUAGAAACUUUUGAGUUUGGUGGAAAUGCUUGAUAUUUCUGCAAUGUUGUUACUAAACAUUCAUUUGCAAAUUCAGAAAAUUAAAUCAUGUUUGCUUCUUGAGAUUCAUCUCCUUUGGCUUUGUGAGGGAUGCUUCAUUUUGGAACUUUUGAGUCAUACUAUGACAUAAAUUUUCUUUGACUUCAUGUGAUUUUUCUAAAAAUAUGUAUAGUAUAAUUCUUUAUCUCAAUCAUUUUUCAUUUGUUGCUUAGAUCUCUUUAUUGACAUUCUAUUAUGUAUUCAUUGCCCUGGUGACACAGUGGUUAGAAUGCAAUGGUGCAGUCUCACAAUGUAGCGUACAAUCCCAACAGGGGUUCAAGGUUGACUCAGCUACCAUCCUUCAGAGGUCAGUAAAAUGAGGACCCAGAUGUUGGGGGCAAUAUGCUGACAUUCUAAACCACUCAGAGAGUGCUUAUAUAAGUAAGUGCUAUUGCUAAUGCACCAUUUUCAAAAUUGUUCUUAAGGUUCUUUGGUGUUGUAUCUCACAUGGUUUUAAUCUUAUGACAACAGGUUCUCUGCAGCAUUGCCUUCCAAUGUUUUGUACCAGAAAAUCUUUUGCAAUACAUUUUAUGUAAGCCUAAUCUUGGUAGAUAUAAAAGUAUGACCCUCUACUGAUCUCUCUAUUGUGGAAGAGGCAAAGAAAUUCAGAGGUGGUAGCCUGACAUAAUAAGGUUCAUGGCAGAGGUCAACAUUGCCUUACUUCUGCUUUACUUUCAAUAGGAUAACUGUUUAGGAUCAAUGCACACAACAAAUAUAAGUUGUGAAUGUAUGACAUGACAUUUAAGUUCCUUCCUGACUACUUCAGAUCUUUCAGGUUGAUUCAUUAUAACAACUUUUGUUUUCAUUUUCUGUUCUUUAGACAAAAUUCAUUCCUCACAACAGGCUAUGUAUUUGUCAUUACUUUUUAUCAGAAUAAGAUGAAAUCCCACAGUCUUCUAUUUUGAAAUAAGAGUUGGGUGCAGAAGGAGAAAGAUAAAACUUCGGUGCAGUGGAAUGGGAUAAAGUUUCUG